UUUUCCAGAGAAGUAGAAAAACUUCCACCCUCAAAGCGGCACACAACAUGCGCGCUUACAUACACACACACAUACACACACUACACAUAGAUACUCAGCGAACUAACACAAACAUGUAAGAAUGCUGCAGUCGACGAAGAAAUAAGUGUAAGGUCUAUUCGACGGCUGCAUACCGAGUACCUGCCUCCAUCCCAACAUAUGCCACGCUCAAAACAGGAAUUAUCACUUCGGCUUAAAUAUAAAUAAACGGCUAGAGGGACACGCACUCGGGGCAUGUUUCAAAAUUGUUCCCUUUUUCAGGCUCCGCAUGUUCAUGUGCACAAAUCGAACAGGCCUAAUAUACCCGAGUAACAACCGAUGGUAUGUCACUGUCAUUUGCGUCGCAGUCGCUGCCGCCGUCCGCGUUGUGUCUGUGUUGCCUGCCCCAGUGUUUCCGCUUUCUUUCGUUGUAAUGUUACUUUUAGUUUGAAUUCGGAGCCUCGACGAGCCGGUUGGAAGCGAGAUUUUAGUUUAAUUCUGCUUGGGUGUGUGCGUGUUUAGUUUAAACGAAAUUGAAAGUUGUACACUUUACUACCCCCGAAAAAGCGAAGCACAGCAUAAAAUUGUGCGCUCAUACGCGCGCGUUUGCGACUGUGUGUGUGCGUGAGUGUGUGUGUAUGUGUAAACGCGAGCGUGUGUUUGCAUUAGUUUGUGUGUGUGUGCCACGCCACGCCACACCAACGGAAACCAACCCCCACCAACAACAGAAUAAAACAAGAAAACAACAACAAACAAGAAAAGUUAGCACCACCCACUCUUGGAAAACUGCCGCAUAGAGUUCAGCGUCAUCGUCAUCAACAUCACCGUCGCGCCGUAGCCGUUGUUGCCGUUUCAUCAUUGCCUGUGCUUGUGCCUGUGCCUGUGCCUGUCUCUGGUUUCGGCUUAAUAGCGAUCGGGGAUCGCGUUGUGUAAAUUGUGCAAAAUAUACAUACAUACAUAUAUCUACUAUAGUGUAACGGAUAAGUGAAGCAAACCGAUUUGAGAAUACAAGAUCUAUACAAGCUAUUUGCCGAGACGAGGCGAGACCCCCCCGUCGCUCGUCCCCAUCCCGCCGUGACAACCGAUAGCCGACCCGACAAACUGCUAUGAUGAAUUUCUCCGCGUUUGGUGGCCCGUUCUCUGGCAUACAUCAAUUUGCCGCUAAAUUUGAUGCACAAACGCCGGGUGCAUUUGGAACGCCGCCUGCGAACGCAGCAGCCGCUGCAGCCGCAGCAGGAACCGAUAAUCAUGUACAGCGCUAUCAGACCAAUGGCAAUCAUUUUAAUCAGAAUGUGGCCAACGUUUCGGCAGCAAACAACAUGCAAUAUGGCCAGAAUAUAUCCAUACCGUACUCCUCACAGCCGCAGGGUGAUCUAAAUUUUCUGAAUGCAGCCGCUGCAGCCGAUCAUAAGGGUAAAAUCCAUCCAAAAAUCGAACGUGACCGGGAAGAAGUUCUCAACCAGCAGAUCUUACAGAAUGUCAAUCAGUCGUGGCAGACGCUGGCCAACACGGCCAACACUGUGGACUAUUCAUCGCACUUGCUUUCCGCAACACUGCCAAUCUCCAUACAGCACUUCCUCAAGUAUUCGGAGACCAUCAAGAAGGAAUCCUCCGGCGAUGUCCUGAAGAAUGGCACGAAUCUGGCCAGCCUGGCGCUGGGAGGCGUCGCCCUGACGCCCAGCAAUAACGGUGCGAACGGAGGCCACCACAAUGGCGGAUUGGUGGGCAUGGAGCACGGCGGGCACAUGACCAACAUGACGGACGCGAACGGCGCCGCGCUGACCAACGGCGCCAGCAAUGGCGUCAACGGUAAUGCCAAUGGAGCGGUCACCAACGGUGGAGCCGGGGCAGUGUCCAGCUCAGGGUCGGUGGGCACCACAAACGCGAGUGGGGGCACCACCACGGCCACUGGCAAGAAAACCAAAAAGAAGAAACCACCAAAGGAGAAGAAGCCGCGCCCGAAGCCAGGCGAGAUCCGAGAGACGAAAGCGCUGGACGGAUCCACGCUCUACUGCUGCCCCGAGUGUCAAAUGGCGUACCCGGACCGGAGUCUAAUCGAGCAGCACGUCAUCUCGCACGCCGUGGAGCGACGCUUCGUUUGCGACAUUUGCAAUGCGGCCCUCAAGCGCAAGGAUCACUUGACCAGGCACAAGCUGUCCCACAUACCGGACAGGCCUCAUGUGUGCAAUAUCUGCAUGAAGUCCUUCAAGCGCAAGGAGCAGCUCACUCUGCACAUUGUUAUCCAUUCCGGCGAGAAGAAACAUGUCUGCAUUGAGUGUGGAAAAGGUUUCUAUCGCAAGGAUCACUUACGUAAGCAUACGCGCUCCCAUAUUGCCCGACGCGUCAAGUCCGAGGUAUCGGCGCAGAACGUAAACGGAUCCGGUGGCAACAAUGCACAGAGCAAUGCACUACAUGGUUCCUGAGGAUCGUACAAGGACUUUUGGUAAAUUCUCAAACAAAUUUCAAGCCAUAAAGGCGGCCCAGAUGUUGGCAGCACCCUGCUGAAGAAGCUUCUUCGUGAGGAUCGUACGGUGCUGGCAGCAGCUGUGCCGCCUUUGAAAUUUGUUAAAGAGUUUAUCGAAGGUCCUGCUGAGCGUCACCCAACUCCAACUCCCAUAACAAUAACAGAUAACCCUCUGAAUAAAAAAAAAACGAUGUUAUACUUACAAUUUGCAAGUAUUAGUACGAUUUUGUUCACGACACUUUCAGUUCUUUAGCUUUAGUUCUUUCAGUUGAGAUUUUCGCACAAAAGUUAAGUAAAUUAUAUAAAGAGAGUAUAUGAGAGGAGCGGAGAGGAAAGUAAAUGUACAAACAAAACAAAACAAAGCAAGAUACGGAACAGAUUUAAGAAGAUUUCGACAUUUAGUAUGCGCAUACAUAUUAUAAGGGAAGACUCACCAUACCAUACCAUACCAUACCAUACCAUACCAUACAUACAAAAAAAGUUACUUUCAUUUCUCUUUGAGGAUCUGUGAUCUGUAAUUGCUGCAUAAAAAAUCCAAAACACACACAAAACAAUUGAAAAACUAUCGAUCGAUAGCUGUUCUAAGAAUAUAAGUUUUUAAUUUGCUUAAUUUUAAUCAAUUUAUGUGCAAUUAACAACCAUUUUGAUUUGCCUUUUGAGUUGUCUUGGUCUGUACAUGUACCCCUCGUACGAUUCAUUGUUUCAUUGAGUUUUGGUUUCCCACCUACUAUUACUCACUCUUUUGCGCAUAUUAAUGAAGUAAGAAACCCUAAAAUGAAAUUUAUUUCUAGUCUUGUAUUUUAUUUUACCAAUAGACAGUAGUAGAGGGGAGCGGAGGAGCCCUCAGAGCAACCAACCCCUCAGAUUCGAGGUCAUGUAAUUUUAAGCUUUUAAACUUGAACGAAAGGAGAACUGAACCUCCUACGCGACACACACACACACUAAACAGAAAAUGCAAUACAAACAAGAAAAAUACUUGCAUCUUUGCAUGCCCCCAACUUCCAGCCAUCGUCAUUCUUUAGAGCAGAGAGAACUACCACAAAAAAAAGAAAACUGCAACUGCAACAAUAUCUAUGUGUAAUAGAUAGAUACACACACACACCUAUAUCCAGCUUACCAAUCAAUAACUGAUAACCAACAAGAAAGAAAAACAAAACAAAUUACAAAUAAGAACAAUAUAGACAGAAGCCACAGAUACCAGAUAUCAGAUACCAGAUACAAGAUACAAGAUAGCAGGAUAGCAGUAUAGCAGAGAGUAGGCACAGCAGAUCAACAAACAAAUAUUGCAAUUUGCUAAACCAAUAAGAGAAACAAUAACCGAGAAGUAAACUGUAUAAAACAAUAUUUUUAUAUAUAUAAAACAAAAGGAAACAGAAUAGGAAUAAAGGCAUAAAACAAUAACCGAAAUAAAGUGCAAACACUUCGUGCGAGUGACAACGUAAUUUACUGUUCAAAUACAAAGCAUUUUUGAGAUUAACGAUAAACGUACCAUGAAUCCCCAUACAAGAGGCAUACAAGGCUAUGCUUCACUCAUGAUAUGAUAUGAUACGAUAUGCAUCCUCGUACGUACACUUGUAUAGUUAAUAUAUGACUGCUUCAAACUAAUAUACGCUAAUAUACAGAAGAUACAGAUACAUACAGAACAUAUAUAGAUUUACAGACACACACAACUCCCAAAUGACCCUUCGUGCUCGAACUUUGAUGGCGCAGAGUAUGAGAGUACCUCCUGCAGAGUUCGAGCUCGAGAGGGUCAUUCAAUAUUGUUUGGUUUUUCGACGCAUUCGGAAUAUAGUAAUGUUUCAACAGCAGCAGCAGCAGCAGCAGCAGCAGCAGUACUAAGUGCAUUUCUGUGGAAUGUAAUGUAAUUCAAACACUUGCAGCGAAGUACAAAUAUUUUAGCACACCUUCAAGAAGAGAAGCCAAGCCCCCCGCCCCCACCCCCGGCCCCCCAGCAGGUAGACAUAGAAGCAAAUCGAAACGAACCACGAGACAAAAGUUAGCCAAAAAGUAAAAACAAAACACUAUGCAAAAAAACCUUAAUACAGUUACUACAUUAGAGAGGGGUAGCAGCAGUAAUAUAUUAACAAGUUUUUUCUGGCCAAGCAAGCGCUAACUUGGCGACUCUCCAAAUGUUGUAACCCCAUCCAUCAUCCAUCCCCCAUCAGCCGUCAGUCACCCCCUCGCCCAGAGACAAUUUAUAAA